AUCCACCAUGGCAAGUGAUCAGAACAUCUACGUCCAAGUGAUGUCCACUCUCGGCUGUGGUUAUCCGCUUUGGCUUCCAGACUACAAUCCUAACCUUCCUCCUACUUAUUCAAAAGAUGGGACCCGAGUUGGCGACCUUGGGUAUCUCACUGAUGAGGGUGGUUUUGUAUAUCUCUUCAAUGUGUGCACGGAUGCAAGCGAUCCCUCCAAUUCCGGCAGAGUUCCUCCCAACUUCGUACCGCUGACCGAUAUCCCAGAGACUGCUAUAGAGAAACGACUAAAGAUGCACGAGAAAAAUACAGUACUCACCGCUUCUUCUGGGGGUAACCCGUUGACCCGACUUGACCAGACACCUAUUCGUGUAAAAUUUGAGGCCGGACGUGGAUAUGAAUUUACGUGUUCGGCUGCUCAAGCCGCUAUUCUUGUUCUUCCUGAUGGCGGCGAGCGAUACGAUUCCACCUUUCUUCAUCUUCUCCAAGAAUACGCAGCUGCCAAUGCCCAUAGCUGGUACAAAUAUCUCAACGGCCCCGUACAGCACCGGCAAAUCCGUAAUGGCAUGCUGUAUCUUGUGACAGGAUUCGACAAGUGCCGUUCUUGGGGAAAUGCUUGUUAUUCGCGUCCAACAGAUUCGUCUUCUAUUUCACUGAAGUUUUCGGCCGGGGGUACAGGAUUGGAGGGUCCGAUGUACAGUUGGGACGUACAACAAGAUCUCCAUGCACAGAGUCAUUGUGAUGGCACUCCCGGAAUUCCAGCGAGCCAGACGAUUUUCCUGCGCGGAUAUUCGAUUUCCGUUCGUCCAGAUCCAUCAUUUCAAAGCAUGGGUAUCGGACCGGUAAUGACUUCUAGGCGAAUUACCAAAGAUUCCCAGAGACGGCGACAGACUGUCAAUCGUGGCGUUAACAAACCCAACGACGAUUCGAAUUUGGACAUCCCUUACUCCCACGUCAGCAGACCGACGAAUACCUCUGUUCAGAUAUCCUCCAAGCAAUACAAGACUAUCAAUCCGUCAGCCCUGAUAAACAAUUACAUAUUGGAACAUUUCUCUGGUGCACAAGUCGCACUCACUCAUGACGGGCAUUGGAUGGGUAUGGUGAAGGAUGGACAAGAUCCACUUGACGUACGAUUUGCGAAUUAUGCCAUGGAGAACAAUCUGCUCUCAGUCAGUAAACUUGAUGUGCCAAAUGCAAAUGCUUGGAUAGCAAAAAGAACAAUAUUGAGCGGUGAAUCUUCCGAGUCUACGCCAGAUACUCGCGGCACUUUCGCUUUGGUCAUCGGCAUCAACGAAUACGAGUACGGAGAGUACGAGAAUCUACUGGCAGCCGUCGCUGAUGCAGACCGAUUUGAGAAUUAUCUUCUUGAAGAUUUGCAAACCCCAAAGAAAAACAUCAUCAGCCUCCGCAAUGGACAGGCAACAAGAGAAGCUAUCAUCAGCGGAUUCAGAAGUCUUAUAUGCAAUCCGAGAAUUACGCAAGGAAUGGCUGCCAUUAUCAUAUACUAUUCCGGGCAUGGCGCGGUGGCUCCCAAGCCAGAUGAAUGGACGGAUUGGCAAACUUAUGACAACGAAAUAGAAAUGCUUUGUCCCACGGAUAUUGGGAUUCGGGACGUCAAUGACAACGUCGUAGAGGGUAUUCCGGAUCGAACGAUUAGCGAGCUUCUACUGGAGUUGGCAAAUGCCAAGGGGAAUAACAUCACCUUGAUCCUCGACUGCUGUCAUGCCGCUGGCAUCAAUCGUGGAACCCAACCUGCCGAUAUACUGAAUGCAAAGUCACGUCGGAUCCCUAACCCUCCAAAGCUUUCCGCCAAUUGUGACACUACCAUGCUGUCUCGGGGAUCUUCCGGGGUCAAGAUCACGUCAGGAUUUUCAGGUUCGCUUUGGGACUCGCAUGUACUGUUGGCUGCAUGCAACCGUCGUCAAUCGGCCUGGGAGGUAGACGGUCAAGGCAUCUUCACUCGCGCAUUGCUCAAGAUCAUGGCAAAAAUCUCUGCCAGCGAAUUGACGUACAGGUCAUUGAUGCAUCGUCUGGUUAUGCCGACGUUUCAAACACCGCAUCUAGAAGGGAGACAUACCCUUCGACGUCUGUUCGACUCUUGGGAAGAACCAGCUGAUAGUUCCAUGAUUCUUUGCCGCCAUGAGCACGGGAAACUUCAUCUCAUGCUCCACGCCGGACUGCUUCACGGCAUAACUGUCGGUUCUACCUUUGAAAUAUUCAGAACAGACCUCUCUGAAUUGCAGCAUUCACUUACGACUGCUACUGUCGACAAAGUAGAGACAUUCAUUUCCCUCCUCGUGCCUCAGGACCCCGCGUUCCUGACUUCUAGUAAGAAUCGUCGCGUCUGGUACGCGCGAUUACUGAAAGCUUCCGGCGCCCACUUUGGCACCUAUUGCAAUGACUCGAACUUUUUGACCCAGAUCCUCAGUAAGGAUUGUGAACCGAGGAUUACAGUCCCCGUCAUUGCCGUCAGAACCCCAGACGAGGCAGAUCUCUGUCUGAGGGUGAAAGACGAAGUCGUCUUUUUCGACCGAGGAAACAGAAUCGAUCUCUUCAGUCCGAGCAUUGGCUUUGCUUCGCGGUUCCCUCGUGCCUCUCAGGUCAACAAUAUUGCGCAUAUUCGAAGCAUCAUUAGUCGCUUUGCCCGCUUCACCACUCAACUUACACUUCAAAGUCCGUUGCCUGUAGCCCAGUUCAUUUCCAUCGAAAUAAAUAAACUGGAGCGUAUUGGUCACAGUCUGACUCCAGUUGGAGACAAUUUGCUGUCUGAUAUUGAAGACGAAAAGCCCAUUGAGUUCGUCGUAGACCCAUCUCUCCCCUGGAAUCGACGUCCUAGCUAUGCGUUCACAAUCCGUAACGUAUCCGAUAUCGAUCUCUAUGUGUAUCUCUUCUACUUUGACGCUACCAGCUUUGAGAUAGAUGCUUGGUACUCCUCAAAAAUGAGCCCUAGUAGCAAUAAGGAGGAGCAGGGAUCCGUUGACACUUGUCUUCAGAAGGGGUCAACAUUGACUCUUGGCUACGGGAACGGCGGUAUGAAUCCAUUCACGUUUACUGUGCCAGACGGCCAAGACGUGGAUGUCUGCUUCUUCAAGGUGUUUGUAACCGCGAAGCCAGUGGAUCUCGGAAGUAUCUCGCAAUCAUCCCCUUUCUCAGAUUUGGGGACACGCCGUGGCGAAUCUCCUGCCUCGUCCUCCCCUGAUCUUACCGGAUCAUGGGCUUCGACGACUAUACCUGUCGUGCAGAGACGGGCCCAAUCUGUGGCGAAUCAACCCGUCGAACCUGUGGUUUCGAACACACCAGAAGCAAACCAGCAUGAGACAAGGAGUGUGCCAUCUGUACCUCCUUCCCCAAGUGUACAUUCUUUUCCGCCUCGAGUCUCUAUCCCUUCUCCCAAUUCCCCCGAGCCGCCCCCUGUUCCGAUAGAGCCUUUGGAAAAACAUGCACGACUUCCUCAAUGGUUAGCCAUUAGUAUGCAAACACUGAAAGAAGUCUUGUCAUAUGAGAAACUCACCGCCAUACCCCGUAAUGUUGUCAUUCAACUAUACGAGAAGAUACGCUCUUGGCUUUGGCUCUAA